AUGUGGCCGAAUUACUCAGACUGCCCAAUCGGAACUCUUGUAGAUAUGGUUGUCGGGUCUCAGGCUCCUAGCCUGCUUCGAUUUGAACACACAAAUGGAACCGACCCACUUGUCCAAACUGCGCUCAAGGUGGCCAAACUGUUUACAGCAUCUCAAUGGCUUGUGCAAGCCAAAGUUUUUGCACAGCCUGCCGACAUGACUGGCGGGCAACUUGUGGUGCUCUAUAUAUUAGUGAUCUGUAUUCAUCGCUUAUAUGAAAGUUCAGCGGGCUUCUGCGAGGAGCUAUAUUAUGCGCUACGCAAGCCGCAACCAAAACCGAAAGAUGGCCUUGAUCCCACUUGGGUCGCCACUGCACUGUACUACCGAGUUGCUUGUGGUAUGAGAGAGCUCCAAAGCAACUUGGUAAUUGCAAAAAUAUUGAGCCCGUGCUGUCAGAUGGAUGAAGUUUGCAAAGCUAUCGAACGCAUCUUGUGGGAUGCUCUCCCCCGACGUGGAAUCACUAGCAAGUCCGCAAAGAAGAAGAUUCUACGAGAUGAGAUUCCAAAACUGCAGUCAAAUUCAGACUCUAGCAUGGAAAUCUGGCAGAAUAUGAGACCCUGCAGUUUUCAGUUGGUCUCACCCAUUGAGAUGGAAUACUUUUUGUCUGAAGAAUUUCCCCAACCAUACGAUAUACCUCAGGGUGCCACUUCAAACUGUUCUCAGUUGUCGAUGACAUUUUCACAGUCCAAUUACACCAACGGUAUGGCUCAGUUUGAAAGAAAUGAUGUUGCCGGUGUACUCAUCGAGAACAUGAUUGACUACAACAGGAGCUUGGUCCUACAGGAAGCGCCUCAUGUUGCUGGCACUUUGUUUGAAAACAAAGAUGAGCCCGAUAUAUUGGGGUUUGCUCAACACACCUCUUUUAGCAAUUGGUAG